GUUUGAUCUGAAAAAUUGCAUUUUGGUUUGGAUUUUGCAAGCCAUCGAUGGACGCUGAUUUUAUUAUUCACAAAUAAAACUAUUUUAACAAUUCAAUUCCACUUAACCAAGAAUUAAACACUAAUUUAAAAUGAGCGCUGGAAAUAUGUUAUACGGUGGCGAUGAAAUCGGAGCUCUAGUGUUCGAUCCUGGCCAUCAUUCUUUGCGUGUUGGUUAUGCCCAAGAGGAUACACCAAAAGCCGAAAUCCCAUCGGUUGUAGGAGUAGGGCCUGAAGAUCCCGAGACAUCAACGGACUUGGAAACAAAAAGUGAUAACAACAUCACUCAGAACAAUAAUGACGCCAGAAAAUAUUAUGUGGACACCACGUACGUGAAUGUUCCUCGGGCUAACAUGGAAAUCCAGACAUACAUGAAGGACGGGAUGAUCGAUAAUUGGGAUCUCUUUGAAAAGGUCAUCGACUACACGUACUCGAAGGUCAUUCAAUCCGAACCCGAAUACCAUCCGGUUCUGUUCUCGGAGGCUUCGUGGAACGUUCGCAACAAUCGCGAGAAACUCACCGAACUGAUGUUCGAGAAGUACAACGUGCCAGCUUUCUUUUUGGUAAAGAACGCCGUCCUGGCUGCAUUUGCCAGCGGCCGUGCGUCUGCCCUAGUCGUCGACAGUGGCGCUACCCACACCUCUGCUGUGCCAGUUCACGAAGGGUUUGUUCUCUCGCAGGCCGUUGUUAAGUCCCCUCUUGGCGGAGACUAUCUUUCACUCCAGUGCAGACAGUAUUUGGAAGCCCAGGGAAUUGACCUAACUCCGGUGUACAAAGUUGCGGCCAAGGACGUGGUCAAAGAACGAGAUAAUGCCCGCUGCACUUUGCGGAAGCUCCCAGACAACUUGACACCGUCUUGGCAGAACUACAUGCUGAAGAGCUUGUUGCAAGACUUCCAAAUGAACAUCUUGCAGGUGCUGGAGAAUCCCUAUGACGAACGGGUAGCUGCACAAAUACCCUCAGUCCAUUACGAGUUUCCCAACGGGUACCAUCAGGAAUUCAGCUCCGAGAGGUUCAAGUUGGCCGAGAGCUUAUUUGAUCACACUAUGCUGGGCGCCGGCCAGCUCGCUUCAACGAGUGUGGGAAUGUGCGACGCCGACGUUAGGCUGUCCCUCUUCGGGUCAGUUGUCGUCACCGGGGGCAACACCCUGCUGCAGGGAUUCCCCGAGCGGCUGAACAGAGACCUCCAACACCGAGCGCCUUCCAACACUCGAUUGAAGAUGAUUUCGGCAAACGGCAGCGUAGAACGAAGGUUCGGCGCAUGGAUUGGAGGGUCGAUUCUGGCCAGCAUUGGAACAUUCCAGCAAAUGUGGAUCUCGUCGCAGGAGUAUGAGGAAUCUGGCAAGAGCCAAGUCGAGCGCAAAUGCCCUUAAAUUCAUGUUUUUUCUCUUCCAUAAACCAAUUUAUUUCUUAAACAUUAAAAUAUAAACCUUUUUUGUGUACAAA